CUGAUCAAUCUAGCCAAUUACAAUUUUCUAAUGCUGCGCCACUCUGAUUGUCAGCAAACAAUGAAACUCUGAAGAGUCUCUUGUUAAAAAAGUUGAAAAUUUUGUAAAUAAUAUGGCACAACCUCCAAAUGUGCCACAAGCACAAUCAAAGGAUCAAGUACCGAGAGAUUCUAGAGUUAUGCAGCUUAUACUGCAAGCUGCAGGAGUUGAAGAAUAUGAACCAAAAGUGGUCCAACAACUUUUAGAAUUUGCUCAUCGAUACACAGUUGAUGUUAUUCAAGAUGCUUCGGCGUAUGCUGAACAUGCAGCAAAAAAUGAUAUUGAUAUCGAUGAUGUCAAACUUGCGAUUCAAGGUCGUAUUACUCAUUCAUUCACUUCACCACCACGACAGGAGUUUUUGGCGCAACUUGCUAAAGAACGUAAUAGAGAACCAUUACCACCUGUACCAGAAAAAUACGGACUGAGAUUACCACCAGAUCGUCAUUGUUUAACAGCCGUUAACUUUCAACUUAUACCUGAGCCACCACCUGGUCAUUUACAAAAAGAAGAAUCACCAUCAAAUAUAGAAAUAUCACAAAUUUUACCGGAAGAUAACGAUGAUGACAUGAUGGAAGUUCUUCCAUAUAAUAGUAACACUAGAGAAGAAUCUGUUGCAGCAACGACUUCAACAUUGCCAAAUGCAGACUCAGAUUAUGAUAUGCAUGAAUCUCCCGAACCGCAAGUUACUACUACUACAAAUAAUGAUUGGAAAAGAAAUAGACCUGAAGAUGACGAUUACGAUUUUUAAUUUUUAAAAUUUUCUUUUUUUUUCAGAAAUUAUAGAUAAAAUCAUAGAAUCAGACUUUUUUUUUGUAAAUUUAUAUUUUAAAUACGGUAUAUAUAUUAAAAAAAAAAAAGAA